GGUGUCCUGUUGCGCGCAUCAGGGUUUGGAGAUGCAGAUAAAUGGAGAUGACCGGAGAUAGGACUUCAGUUUACAGGGAAUUCGCUUUCUGAUCGGUUUUGGAAAUUUAUAAAUAUAUUUUUUUCUUUUGCACUGUGAUCGGUUGAAAAUGCCUGGCUUUGGGCUGCGGAUUAACUCUACCUGGAUCCUGCUUUUGGGCAUUUUUCAUUCGUGCUUUUCAAAUUAUUCGGAAGACCAGUGUAGCUGGAGAGGAAGUGGUUUGUCCCAGGAGCAGGGCAGCGUGGAGCAGAUCUCCCUCCACUGCUCAGAGGGCACCUUGGACUGGCUGUAUCCCAAAGGAGCCCUGCGCCUCACCCUCACACCUCGCUUGUCCCCCAUGGGGGCAGUGGGACCUGGCGGUGGUGGCAGCUCUGGGGUCAUCACUGCCUGCGUAAAACCCUCUGAGCAGUUUCACGGGGCCCAACUCUACCUGGAGAGGGAUGGGGUACUCGAGCUACUGGUGGGGGACAGGAUAGAAUCAUCCCCUCCCCCAAGGGUGCGCUGCUUCAGCUGGACACCAGGAGAAAGGUUAGCCCUGUUCGUGCAGGCGACGCCCCAUCAGGACAUCAGCAGGAGGAUUGCCUCGUUUCGUUAUGAACUGAGGGGGGACUGGACGGCUCGCAUGUCGCUGGAUUCCAACUCCAUCAGCACUGAAGAUGCAUGCAGGCCCUGCAAUGAUACAGAGAUCCUAAUGGCAGUUUGCACCAGUGACUUUGUUGUGCGAGGGAACAUCCGCUCUGUUGAGGAGGAUGAAACUCUUCGAGCAGCCGUGAUCAAGGUCAGCGCCACCCGGGUCUUUCGUCAGAAGUACACCCUUUUCACCAGCAACAGUCGGCUGGCCAGCCGUGGUGAAAUCCGGACUCUGCUACAGUGCGGUGUCAAGCCGGGACCAGGCAGUUUCCUCUUCACUGGCAGGGUCCAUUUCGGGGAGGCCUGGCUGGGGUGUGCACCACGCUACAAGGACUUCCUGAGGACUUACACUGUGGCCAAAGCAGCUCAGCAGAUCCCCUGUGAACUGCCCGUAGACUGAGAAGCUCUGGUGCUGCUCAUCUACACUGCAGAAUCAAAGCGUGGAGCUGAAAGCCCGGCCAGAUUGAGCCCUGUCCAGGAGGAGGCCGCAGCGAGCAAAUCAACACCGUUGUAGCCACGGAGCCACCGGUGGAUGUGGCCAUUCCAAAGGACUGAGGAGAGAAAUGAACCCUCUGCCAUCAGGCAUUUCAGUGCAAUAAGCAGUCAUGGUCCAAAAGACAAGGUGGAGUCAUGACUUCCUAGACAUGGAUGAAAGGACUUGGCGGUGGACAUCUGAACAAAUAGGGAUCAGAGAGCCUAUGCUCGGAAAAGCCAUUCAUUCUUGUCUAAUUUAAAACUCAGGAAAACAAUGUAAAAUCCAGCAGCAAGCUUACUGUCUGCUAGCCAAGGUUUUCAUAGAAAAACACCUCAGAACACCUUUCUAUGUUUUCUUUUUGGUUGGAUCAUGUGCAGAUGGUCUUUCCUCCGCUUGUGUUGUCAUGUUAUCAAGGAGGUCACAUAGAAACCUCUGGAAAAGAAUCACAGAACAUUAUUUGCACUCAUUAAGGAGAAGAGAAUGGCCUUGAAGUGAAAUGUUGCAAGCACUAAAAACCAAAUGAGAAAAGCAACUAUAUGUAGCAUAGUGGAUCAACGAAGAAUUUUAAUAUAUGUACAGAAUAGAGAGACCAUACAGUAGUAAAACAAGGCUGUUGGAGCAGUUUAAGUUAAGAAGAAAUAUAGUAACGGGAGAGUAAAAACAUUUAUUUUCUAUUCAAUGCCACCUGCCAACAAAUCUAAUGAUAAAAUAAACUGGAGAUUGAUGGAAACAGCCCUUAAUUUGAAGCCAGGAUUCAGCAAAUAUUUAUAAAACUGAAGACAAUUCGCAUUAUACACAUUCUAUUAAUAACUAUUGUCUGGCUAUGGUAAAAGAAAUACAAGUGAAUUUAAGGAACCUGUGAUACAUGUAUUCAUCCUAUCAGUGUUGGUCUAGUUAAAAUGAAAAUAUGCCUUUUAUUUAGAGAUGUAGCAUGAAAUUGGUGUUUGACCUGAAUCUGAGGAUUUUCAGCUUUAUCAACUAAGAGGCACAUCUAAAAAUUGCAGCAGGACUCAAGGACUUGAGUUCAAGAUAGUUUUCUAAGCUUUUAACGGCAAAAGCAUAAUAUGAAAUAUCUUCCUUUCAUUCAAGCUGCCGGAGAGACCAGUACUUAUAGCAGAUAACAGGAAGGGCGAACUCCUGAGCUUUUAGCUGUCUAGAAACAUUCUGGAAGCCUUUUGGAAAUUUCAGAGUUGCAAUAAUUCUCAAGGGAAGAUCUAUUUUAUGAAGGUUAGCCAUUCUAAUCAGUGGAAAAUUAGAAGGACACCUGCCUUUCUUUUAAAACAUGAGAAAAAACAGCUUUACGGCGAUAUAUCUCAUCUGCUAUUACUGUAUAAUUAAUUAUCUCUCACAACAAGAAGGCUCAAACUAAGGAAUUUAAAUGCUGUUCUUAUGUUUUUGUAUAAGAAAAUACAUUUUUAAAAAGAAAUCUGAACUGGCCAAAAUCAGUAUCAGAGGUCAGAGCCAUCAGAAAAGGGUUUCAAAGUCCUGAUUGGUGCAUUUGUAGUUUUAAUGGUGUAUAAAAAGCAAUCCAGGUUUCAUGUGCACUAGAUGUUCAAGGAGAAAAAAGGUUCACACCAAAUUACCAUGCUGAAGUUCUAUGCCUAAAUGCUUAUACUGCCAAUAUUGUUUUUUUCUGCUGUGAAUUUAUGUUUAUAUGAAACUAAAUGUAAAUAUGUCCAUAAGAAAUGUUAUAAAGACACAAAAACUUAAAGUUCUGUUGAUUUUUUUUUAUGUUG